CUGACUGGAAACAUGUGGCUGUGUUUUUACCGGCUUGUCACGUAGAGAAAUAUAUCACGGCUUUUGAUUAAUAAAUCAGUGAUACAGUCUGCAAAACGACUGAGAAGCAAGAAUACACAUUUGUUACCUCGACAGACAGGAACUGAAAGGCCUUUUACGGGCUCUCUGGAUCAGACAGAUCUUCAAAGACACCGCUCUGGUGCAUAUCCCUUUCUAUCACGAUUCAUCACUCCACACAAAUUUGCUGAAUCACUGUCCUUGAAGUUUUUCUGAGACAGCAAUGGCUUUUUAAGGAGUGCAUUUGCUUAAUUCUUAAAAAUCAUUCCCAGUGUGCUGAUUGGUGGUGACCAUGAGGAAGUGUAAGAACUGUGGGGGGACGGACAUUGAUGUGGACCAGGCCCGGGGUGAUGCUGUGUGCAUGGGCUGCGGCUCUGUGCUGGAGGACAACAUCAUUGUUUCUGAGGUAACCUUCGUGGAGAACAGUGGAGGAGGAUCGUCCGCCGUUGGCCAGUUUGUUGCUGGUGACUCAUCUGGAAAUGUGCCAUCAUUGGGAGGAAACUUCCACACUGGGGUUGGGAGGGAGUCCAGAGCUGCCACUCUGCAGAAUGCUAAGCGACAGAUAAACCAUCUUGGUCAUCAGCUUCAAAUGAAUCAGCACUGUCUGGACACUGCCUUCAACUUUUACAAGAUGGCCCUCUGCAAGCAUCUGACCAGAGGGCGCAAAUCAUCCCAUGUCAUCGCCGCCUGUCUCUACCUCGUCUGCCGAACGGAGGGAACACCUCACAUGCUGCUGGACUUGAGUGACCUCCUGCAAGUGAAUGUGUAUGUUUUGGGAAAAACCUUCCUUGUUUUAGCCAGAGAGCUAUGUAUCAACGCGCCAGCUAUUGAUCCGUGUCUUUAUAUCCCGCGCUUUGCGCAAAUGCUGGAAUUUGGAGAGAAGAGCCAUGAGGUUUCGAUGACAGCACUGCGUCUCCUGCAGAGGAUGAAGAGAGACUGGAUGCACACGGGACGAAGACCUUCAGGCCUCUGCGGAGCAGCGCUCUUGGUUGCUGCCCGUAUGCACGAGUUCCGUCGCACAAUUAAGGAAGUGAUCAGUGUGGUGAAAGUCUGUGAAGCCACACUGAGGAAAAGGCUGAAUGAAUUUGAGGACACGCCCACCAGUGAGCUGACAAUUGAAGAGUUCAUGCGGGUGGAUCUGGAGCCGGAGUGUGACCCGCCCUCUUACACAGCUGGACUCAGGAAGCAAAAGCUAAAACAGAUUGAGCAAGAGCUUGCAAAGAAAGUUGAUGAUAUUGAAGGUGAAAUCUGUGGAUAUCAGGAUGAGAUUGAAGUCGAGCUGGAGAGCUGUAGGCCCAAAGCCAGGGGGAUUUAUGCAUCCUAUUCCAAAGAUGAUGAUGUGAUUUCCUUGGUGUCGUCCAGCAUCCUAGCUGGUGAUGAGGAAGGAGAGGAUGACGAGCUGAGGGCAGCAGCAUCUCACCUGUGCAGUACUUUAUCUGGAGAGGAUGGAGAUGGCAAUGAGCAGGACGGAGAUAGAGAGAAAGUCUCUCCAACCAAACGGCCCUCGUUAGCAUUAUUGCUUGGAGCACUUCCCACUGCAGCCAGUUUGGGCCUGCCCGAGUCCAUCACCAAAAUGAGAGAGGAAAAAGAGAAUGAUGUGGAGGAAGAAAACUGUGAGCUAGACCUGAGCGGUAUCGACGAGGAUGAGAUCGAUCGGUAUAUCCUUAAUGAGAAGGAAGUUAAGGUAAAGACUGAACUGUGGAUGCUUCAAAAUGCAGACUACCUCAAAGAACAGAAAGAAAAGGAGGAGAGAAUAGCAAAGGAAAAGGAGGAGGGUACAUAUAAAGAGCGGAAGCCUAGAAAAAAAGCACGGAGGCGUGAGCCCAUCAGUGCCAGCACUGCAGAUGAAGCCAUUGAAAAGAUGUUGGAGCAGAAACGCAUCUCCACUAAAAUAAACUACGAUGUUCUGAAAGACUUAAACAAAUCCAGCCCAAAAAGUCCCACUCGCCAGACUGAUGAAGCUUCUGCUGGAGCCAAAAGAUCCCCUGCGGCCCGCCAACGGAAACCCCAACUGACUUCACCCAAGAUUGGCCAAACGAUCAGCAGCUUUGGCAAGAGGUUACAGCCCCUGGUGUGUGCACAGCCCUCUAAGAAGCUGGCCCUCGAUCAGAAAGGGCUUGGCGCCCCAGUGGCCACUCCUGCUGCCCCAUCCCAGAAUGCUGUUGUUGUGGAGAGCGGACCGGUGGCGUACGAAGACCCUGCAGAUGAAGAAGAGGAGGAUGAGGAGGACGAACACUGUGUUAGUGCCAUGCAGUUAAUGGGCGGCACUGAUUACGGCUAUGAAGUAGAUGAUGAUGGCUUCUGAAUCCAGAGUGCCUUUGGGAGCACCAGUGGACACUAACACUUACCCUGCUGCUUAUUCUGACCCCAAAACACACACAUGCAACCUCCAUCUCAUUACCUCUAGUGUUCGUGCUUAUGUUUACAAGAUGAGAAGAAAGAUAGUGAACUUUACACACUACAGAGGAUGGAGAACUACAGCUAAACAAGAACAAAGAUCCCACAUUCUUGCUUUUUCAUAGGUGUCUGUUCUGAGCUCAUAUGCACGAAGUAACUUAAACACCAUUUAAACUCACAGCAAACAAACAGGAGUUUUGUUUGAGAGUAAAUGGAUGUGUGUGUGUGGUGAUUGAGAGUGAUGAUUCUAUCUCUGGAGUGUGUAAGCCUGCUAGCUAACUGUAUUACAGUGUGUUUUAGGCUAAUGAUGACAUAUGAUCUUGCACAUCUAAAGCGAUUAGCCCACAUGAGGCUCAGGGCUCUGUGUGGACAAAUGUGUGCAUGUACACGUGCCUUUACAUAUUGCAGUAUACAGGCCUGGAAUAGUAUUGUGAUGAUUUUCAGCGCCAGAGUGUUAUUCUUUAAACCAGAUGUAGCUUUAUGUGCUCAGUAUUCAGUUAGAGUGGAUUACAGGUGUAAAAUCUGAUUAGUAACAGUGUUAAAUUUUGCUCUGCUGCUUGGCUGGUUUUCUAGAGCCUUUUUAAAAAAUUAUUAUUUUU